ACUUUGGCUAUUAACAGACCAAACCCAUCAUACAAAAUUGUAUAACAUGUCCAGUCUUUAUUAGUCCAAAGUCUCAAAUUUCAAACUGGACAUGCUCGUGUAGACUUGCCUUCAGAUUAACAAAGGAGGUCUCAGGUAUAAAUAUAGGGGGAAAUCGACUGUUAGUCAUUCCUGCUUUGCCUGAGAACCUCUCUCUGUUUGUCUUUGAAGCUUACGCGGACGUGAUCUAUAUUUGGUUGGAGUUAGUGCAUGUGUUGCAACACACACGGAGUGUUUGCAGUCCAAUAUCUAAAACAACACAACAAAACAGUCAUGACAGUGAAACAUUUCAGGUUACUUUUUCAGUUGUCUGUCGUAUCAACCAUCGUCGCGAUAACAUUGGUUAUUUUUCAUGAUCAACUGAGAUCCACUCGAACAACGUUUUCAUCUGGAGGACAUUUAAAAGGUGGAAGCAGGCAAGACUCGAUUGAGAAAAUGUGUAAGGAAAUGGGGUUGACAUCGGAUCGAGCCACAAAUGCGUACAAGAGGAUCAUUGUGAAUCAUCGGUACAACGUUCUCUACUGCGAAUCCCCGAAGGUCGCUACUACGAGUUUGAAACGUGUUUUCCUCAUUCUCUCUGGCAAACUGAAUGCAUCCACAGCACUGAAGUUGAGUCAAUAUGACGUUCAGCACGGGUAUAAAAAAUAUCUCACCUAUUUAUCAGAUCUUCAACCCGAGGAAAUAGAUACAGUAAUGAAGACCUAUUACAAGUUCGUCUUUGUGCGUGAACCAUUUGAGAGACUCAUAUCAGCUUAUAGGGAUAAGCUCAGUGUCGCGGCAAGUGACGAGAUCUUUUCAGCCUUUGGAAGAAGCAUAGUCAGGAAGUACAGGAAAAUAGCCCAUGACGAAGGUCGUGAGAAAGAUCCUCAUCCGUCAUUCUUCGAAUUUCUACAAUAUAUAGUGGAAACUAAGGAAGAUGACUUAAAUGAGCAUUGGCAUCUGCAGGAGGAUCUGUGUCAGGUGUGUCAUAUUAAAUACGACUUGAUAGGAAAAUAUGAGGAGUUAGAGACAGCCGCUAAAAUGAUACUGGAACACAUUGGUGCACCUUCCGAUGUCCACCUCCCAGCGUCCUAUCCCCACGAGAAAUCAUCCAGCCUCCUCAGACACCAUUACCAAGACAUCCCGCCAUUCUUUCUAGAGGGUGUAUGGCGGAAAUACUACCCCGACCUUCAGCUGUUCAACUACACAGUGCCUAGUGCCAUCAGAAAUCUUAUCACCGUGUUGAAUUAAAAGUUGAGUUAAA